GCUUGCCGUAAAUCGAUGUGUCAUCGCAGUUUACGUUAACUGUCCCGCAAUUUACGACAAUUUUCGUCGUCAGUCAGAAGUACCCUGCGCCAGCGCAAUCAUAAAGGUGGGUGGAUCCAGCAUUCAUUGAUUUGAUAGGACAUAACAUAAUUGAUUCUAAAAAGAUAAGGAGUCAGGUUUUACGCCCCCAAAUUGAACUAAUGAGGCCUCACACAAGGAAAGAAGAGACCAGCAGAUCAGACCCUUGUACCAUGUACCGACAGGUACACUCUGGCCACAAGGAUAAGGAUGAACCCUGGGUAGACAGAUACAUGCCAUAUUAUAAAGUUGAUUUAGCGGUUCACAAGAAGAAGGUAGAAGAAGUGGAGAAUUGGCUGAAACUCCACACAGAACCAACACAGGGUGGACUACUGCUUCUAAGAGGACCAUCGGGGUGUGGAAAGACUGCUACAAUGCAUGUUUUGUCUCGCGAGCUGGGCUUCAGAAUUCAGGAGUGGAUCAACCCACCUAACCUGGUCUGGUGUAGUCAGCAAGUGUUAGACAGGACAACAGUUCUAUCCAGUACUUCCCAGUCUGCCCAAUUCCAAGAGUUUCUCCUGAGGGCCAACAAGUACAACUGCCUAAAGAUGGUGGGUGAUACAAGUUCUACAGGCAGGCCCCUGAUCUUGGUUGAGGAAUUCCCAAACCAGUUUUACCGCAAUCCUAGUGGGCUGCAUGAUAUUCUGAGGUACUUUGUGAAGACCAGGCGAUGCCUCCUUGUGUUCAUUGUGUCCAAUAGCGCAAGUGGAGACAGUAGCUCAAGAGUCCUUUUUCCCAGAGAACUCAUGGAGGAGCUCGACAUCAGUAACAUCAGUUUUAAUCCAGUGGCUCCAACUACCAUGAUGAAGGUUCUGACUCGUAUAUUAGCCAAUGAGGAUAGAAAGAGCAUUGGAAGGGUCAUUGUUCCAGAUCAGACAGUGUUGGAGAUGAUCUGCUCAGGAAGUUCAGGAGACAUUCGCAGUGCUAUUAACUGCCUGCAAUUUGCCUCCGUUCCAGACCAUUCACUGGAAAAGGGGCUGGUGAGGAGGAACAAUCUUUUUAUAUCACAGGGUAAGGCAGUCUCGGGUUCCAAUUUAGUAUUAAGGAAGAACACUAAGCCAACGAAGGGGCAGGAAGGCGAGCCAACUGUUGGAAUGAGGGACACUGGUUUGUUCCUAUUUAGAGCGCUGGGAAAGAUUCUGCAUUGUAAAAGGGUGGCUCCUGAGUGUGUUAAAACAUCUGAAAGUGCCUUUGGACUUGGGUUACCAUCACAUCUUUCUCUACACCAUAGAGAGUCAUUACUGGUGGAUCCUGAGAGGGUUAUAGAACGUUCGUAUGUGUCUGGGGAGUUCUUCAACCUGUACCUUCAUCAGAAUUACCUGGACUUCUUCUCUGAGGUGGAAGACGUCCACAAAGCGAGCGAGUAUAUGUCAGAUGCUGACCUCCUCACAUCAGAUUGGAUGAGUAGUAAUACUCUGGACAAAUACGCGUCUGCAGUGGCCACCAGAGGACUUCUUCACACCAACUCUCAACAAGUAGCUGUUGGCUUCAGACCACUUCACAAACCCAACUGGUUGCUCGUCAACAAGAAGCAUCGAGAAAAAUGCCUGGCUGCUCAGUGCCUGUUUCGCCACUUGUGUAUGACACCUGUCAGCCUUCAGACUGAGUUGCUACCAUUUCUGGCAAAAUUCACCAAUCGCUUGAGCAACCAAGAUGAGAUAACAUUUAUCCAAGAUGUGGGGCACAUGCCAAUGAAGAGGUUCUCUGUAAGGCGACCACGAUUGUGAGUGAUGUGAGUCACCCCGCUCACUCUUUGUUCGAGCUUCUACAGAAGCCUGCGCUCCCGCACCACCAGACUCUCAAACAGCUUCAUACUCCAGGCUGUCAGGAUCCUGAACUCGCUUCCCCGUUCUGCGUAGCGUCCUCUACUUUUACUGUCUGUACUGUCUGUAUGCACACUGGCUCUUAUUUGUUGUGUUAUCUGUUUAUUUAUUAUUACUCUUAUUAUUUAUUGUUUGUGCCUUCUUGUUUUUAAUAUUGCGUCGUUUACUUGUAUGUCUAUCGUGUAAUAUGUCUUGUCGUACCCACUCCAGGGAUGUGCUGAGGGUGUGGUAGCAAGUGAUAUUGAAGCAAGGUGAUGCUUAGGGAAGGUGUGACAAUAGUUGUACGAAGGAUAAAAGGCACUGAGGAAAGAAAAAAAAAGUAUAACCAAAACGUCAAAAUAGAGGAUGACGUUUGCGCAGCAUUGUUUGUUGGUAUUGUCUGUGAGCUGUGUCUUUGCUGUUUUUGUGGUGUCUGUGUGUUGUGUUAUGUGUUAAAAGGAUGAAAUUGGCUAAUAUAGGUGCACUAAAGUAUUUAUUAGUCUGUAGUCUAUCUGAUUUGCACCGCAAAACAAAAACGAAUUUGUAAAGAUAGGAGAAAAAAAAAAGAGACGAGCAAUUUGUUUACGGGCAGAAACUGGUCCACUCUCCUUUAAUGCCUAGCCUUGAUGAAACAAAAUUUGAGAGAUGGAAAGAACUUGCUUUCUGGAAUUGGAUGAUGAACAAUUAUGAAAUAACGACAUUUCAAAGCUAAAUUUAAAAUUUGAGAAUAAGAGAGCGAUUGAGUUAGUUAAAGUUAAGAAAUUACAACAAUUAACUAUUAUAUUACUUUACCGGCAGUUAUUUUGUUGAUUUUUCUUUCGAUUGGUGGAUUGGGUUUUCACAUUGUGAUCGGAAAACAAAAAACGAUACAAAUGGGCAGCUGUAUUGAGCCAUGGUGUUGUCACGUGGUGUUGGCACCUGGCUCAACAGGGGGGAUGAAAGGGCAGUUCAGUCAGUUUUAAUAUACAACAUAUGAAUUUGGUUCAUAUUCAAAACGUUUAUAAAAAAAAAUUGUAGAGCUUGUUUAACAUGUGCUAAACACAAUCCACAGGGUUAUAAUGCCUGGUCAUAAUAGAUGCAUUCUCAAAUUUGAUUGAAUUGGCUUUAAAAUAUACACUGAAUGCCUUAACAGUGGCAAAAACGUUAUGUAAAGAAAUAAUACCUUGUCAACAACUGCUGUAGAUGUCAAAGGAUGGAAUCACUAUCUCUAAAAUGAAUGUGGAUAGUUUGUUUUAGGUGACUAUAAGAGUAACUGGUAAAAUAAACAAUUGAUUGCUAAUGGCAAACCAAGCUGCAAGGACAGAAAACAAAUAAUGAAUGUCCUGUGUAUGGGUUCACGACCAAUUCUUUAAGUUGUACCGUUGCCAUUGGUAAAAGAGUGUGUGAAAUCUGCCACGUCUACUGAUUGUGAAAUGUGCGACAGAGUUCUAAAUAAUAUCCGUUGAAAAAAGAAAAAAAAAAGAAAAGAAACUAUUGGUUUUAGAGAAUGCAGUCAACCAAAAUUGUGUAUGUACCGACAUGCCAAGAUCUGGGAAAAAGCUAGAAAAAAACAUAAUGUCUUUAAAUUUGAGAGGCGACGAUGAUCUGACUGAAAUUGACGCAAUUAGAGUCCCCAGAGGAGUUCCUGAUUAAUAAGAUAUAAUUGACCAAAUUGCCGCGGGAUGGGAGUCCUCCAUUUGCUGCAGGUGUACGAUGAACAAGAACGUUGACAGGAUAAAUUACAUCCAUUGCAACAUGCAGAAAUUGGGCAAACGGACACAAGCGGGACUUGAGGCAGUGCACGAACAGCUAGCCACGCCUUCCCUAAUGUCAAUCCAGAACCGCAAUGCUCUUGUUAUGUUGUUGUCUGGGAAAGGGAGGGUCUGCGCAAUGUUCAGGGAACAUGCUGCACCUUCAUCCAGAAUGACACCGCCCAUGAUGGGAGCCUGACGAAGGUGAUUGCAAGCUUGCAAUCCCUCAACACGAGGAUGAAAGAGCACAACAAGUGGAUGACUGCUUUUGGGAAGUAUAAAGCCCUUGUGUCCUCAAUUACUGCUAUACUCACCUUGUGUGGAUGUUGUUGUAUUCCAUGUCUCCGUGCUCUGUUUAAUCAUCUUAUCACUACAGCAAUCUCGCCCAUGGACGACGAGAUGGCCCGGGUAUGCCUAAUGUCUGAACGCCAGCAUGUUGAUGAUGAAGAUGAUGAUGAUGCAGUUUUUGCACUGGAGUUUACAGACUUUUUCCCAGAUCUGUGUGAUGUCGCAACAUUUAUCCUCUUUGGUGGAAAUAUUUGUGCGCAUACUUGUGAUCCGACAACUGAAAAUCAAGAGAAGUGGUUAUUUUUGGUAAUGUAAAAAUGUAGCAAAUGUGUGAUAAACAGGAGGGAAAUGUUGGAAUAAUUUAAGUGAAGCCUUGGCCCGCCAGACCUGUAGGCCUUGUCUUUACGAGUUUAUGACUUUCCUUUUAUCUACGUUCUUCCUCUUUAGUGACAGGGAUGUCUUUUGAUCCCUGUCAGCCAUAUGUAUCCUUCCUGUCCUUAUGUUAGCUGUGUGUUUUUGUUCCUGUAAGAGGCCUUCACUAACAAUGAGCAGAGCUUAUUUGCAUAGGCGAAAAGUUCUUAUUUGGUUGAAAGAAACUUCAUUCCUUUUAGUUAACUGUAGGUUUGGUUCAUAGAUUGUUGUUGAUCAGAACUGUUUUUCUUUGUUAAGUGUUAAACACAGUUUGAAGUAGUUGCGUACAAGUUAUCCUAUAUUUACUCAAUGUUUGUUUAAGGAACUGCAUACCAGUUACCUUACAUUUACUUAACAUUUGUUUUAGUGUUUAGGACAAGUUACUUAUUGUUAUUGAGUGUUAAUUUACUAAGUAGAUAAAGUCUAGCAAAGGUCUAGUUGCAUUGUUCCACAGGAAAGCGGCAAUUGAAGUUAUCUGAUCUCACUCGCGGACGACUCGGCCAACAACUGGAGAAGAACAGAUGGACAAACUCUGCGGGGGUCACGGGCCGACAAUGAGGUGCUAGUUUACACCACACUACAUUCCUUAGCUAAUCAACGUUGCUACAGACACAAUCUUCCCUCCCUUUGGUGUAGCAACACCUCUGUAACCAGGGCAACCAAAACAGUGAUGAGAGGAGCAGAAGAAACAUCUCAAAUGACUAAUGCAAAGGUUGCAGAAAAGGUGUUGUUUUUUGCUGUUUUCCGGACGUGCUGCUGUUCUUUCGGUGGCGGAUCCAGAUCGGGAUUUGGUCAGCAAACUACUGCGGCUACGGAAGCAAAGACCGAGGUCCAGAUCACCCCAACGUUCUGGCUGAAGGUCCCAAGAAGGAGGGGGACGGAGCCUGCGUCGACUGGACCCUAUAAAUUGGUGGAGCGCAUCUCACAUGCCGUCCGGCUGGCCGGCAAAGGAGAUUCGUGGUAUCAUCUGUCCCAGUGUGUCCCAGUGAAGGGUUCCUGCAAGGAACCAGAUCAGCCAUCGACAGUCCCCGCCCCCAGUUCAUACAGAGGCAGAAUAAUCCUCUUCCCCCUUGGUGGCCAGGUAGUCCACCCUGAGCCACUGAAGACAACGACCACGCAGCAGAUAUUUCCAAGUUCUCCCCGGACGGGGCAGAGCUGCGAAGGGGGUGAGAAUCGUGCUCACCCUCCACCAGUGGGCGUGCCAAGCCCCCCACGGCUGAACAAUCACGAGCAAUUUUUAUCUUGAUUGAUAACAUUCUGGUCUCCCAAGGCAGAGGGACCGUGUAACUCUUUUAUUGCAUUUAAUCUGGCCGCAGGUUUUUAAAUUACACACACAAUUUGGACUGGAGUAUUGAGGAAAAACCUCAUCUUCACUGAAGGUUAUUGCUUUCAUUGUAUUUUCCUACUUAUGUUUGACUGAUCGGGGUUGACAUAAUCAUAUGAUAAAACAGGAGGGAUAUGUUAGGGUUUGCAGAAUAUCUUCAUCGUAUGAUUAUGUUGGAAUAUAACCUGUAAUAAUUUAACUAGCUUGUCCUGUCUAGACAAAAGUAGUUGACCAAAGUGCUAAGAUCUUUUCAACUGAUUGACCAGACGCAGAGGAAGCAAUCAAAGUUGCUUUGUUUACAGAACGUCGUAAAAGGUCCCCUGCUAUGCUUUGAUCAGCAGGGGACCGUCUUCACCUUAUCCUGUGUGUUCCCACACCCCCACUUUCAACCCCACUCUGUUUCUCUCAAUAAAUAAGCACCUGACGAGGCCUGAGUCAGACUUCAUUCGACCAUCGCUGUAAGCACAGCGACGAGUGAACUCUCCGCCUGCAGGUGUCUAAAAUGA